UGUGUGUGUGUCUGUGUGUUUUAUCAUGUGUGUGUGAGUCUCUCUCUCUCUCACUCAGCUGCACCAGUCGGAGGGCACAGAGACACAUAGGUGCCCUGCUGGAAUAAUGCCUCCUCCUGAUUUAGUGGGACUCCGAUUAUUCAUUGUGAUUCUGGCUGGAAGACUCUUUCUCCUGUCCGCCAGCACAGAAACCCUCCUGAAACCCACAGUGCUGAUCACCAUCCUUGCACGCAACACACAGCACAGCCUCCCUUACUUCUUGGGAUGCAUUGACAGACUGGAUUAUCCAAAGGACCGAAUUGCCAUCUGGGCGUCCUCUGACCACAGUGUGGACAACAGCACAGCCAUGCUUGAGGAGUGGCUCAGAGGAGUCCAGCAGCAGUACCACUCUGUGGAGUGGAGACCAAUGGAGCAACCAAGCUCUUAUGCAGACGAGCAAGGUCUAAAGCACUGGCCCGACUCUCGGUUCAUCCAUGUGAUGAAGUUAAAGCAGGCGGCACUCAGAGCUGCCAGACGACUGUGGACUGACUACAUAUUGUUUGUGGACAGUGACAACUUGCUGACAAACCGCCAUGUGCUCUCUGACAUGAUGGCGGAGAACCGGACGAUUGUUGCACCCAUGUUGGAAUCAAGAAGUCUUUAUUCCAACUUCUGGUGUGGAAUGACUCCGCAGGGCUUCUACAGACGAACCCCAGAAUAUAUUCCCAUUUGUCAGUGGAAGCGGCGCGGCUGCUUUGCCGUCCCCAUGGUGCACUCCACCUACCUGCUGGACCUGAGGCGCAGAGCCAGCCGAGCAUUAUCCUUCCAUCCUCCUCACCCGGAGUACCCUUACCACCUGGACGACAUCAUGACCUUUGCUUUCUCUGCAAAGCAAGCAGGAGUCCAGAUGUACGUGUGCAACCGGGACCGUCAUGGAUAUUUACCGGUGCCUCUCGAGCAAGACCAGACUCUGGAGGAGGAGCAAGAGAGUUUUGCCCACACGCUGACAGAGGCACUGAUUGACUACACCAUGGAGCCUUCACAGUAUGUGCACACUGCACCAAAAGACCCAGGAAAGAUGGGAUUUGAUGAGAUCUUUCUGAUCAACCUGAAGCGCCGCUCAGACCGGCGGGAGAGGAUGUUGAGUUCUCUGGCCGUCCUUGGUAUCAAUGCCUCCUUGACAGAGGCCGUGGACGGCAAAGCACUGAACUCCUCUCAGCUGCAGGCCAUGGGCAUCGACAUGCUGCCUGGGUACAAAGACCCGUAUUCAGACCGCGUGCUGACAAGAGGAGAGAUCGGCUGCUUCCUCAGCCACCACAACAUCUGGAAGCAGGUGGUGCAGCAGAAACUGCGGCAGGUGCUUGUGCUGGAGGAUGACGUGAGAUUUGAGCCCAGAUUUUGCAGCAGGCUGCAAGCCAUCAUGGAGAGCGUGAUGAGGGUGGGACUCGACUGGGAAUUGAUUUAUGUGGGUCGUAAGCGACUGCAAGUGAAGGAGCCAGAGAACUGGGUGAAGGGAGUCCGUAACCUUGUGCACCCAGGAUACUCCUACUGGACCCUGGGUUAUGUCCUGUCCCUGCAGGGGGCCAAAAGGCUCCUGCGGGCAAAACCUCUCCACAAAAUGCUGCCUGUUGAUGAGUUUUUACCGAUCAUGUUCAACAAGCACCCCAAAGACGACUACAUGCAGUAUUUCGGGCACAGGGAGCUGAGAGCGUUUUCGGUGGAGCCUCUGUUGCUCUUCCCCACACAUUUCACCGGAGAGCCCGGCUACUUCAGCGACACAGAGACGUCCACCAUCUGGGACGACGAGGCAGUGGAGACGGACUGGGACAGGGACGCGGGCCAAACACCGGCCUGAGCAGGAAACUGAGGAGCCUGGGUUUCGACAUGCGGGUUCCUCGUGGUGUACGUGGAGACACGCCUCAACUCUGCCGGUGGAGAUGGAGAUGGACCCACACAAGUUAAG